AGUGUUGGUAAAUUUAGAGCAACAUUCAUCGCAACUUUCACGCUUAUCUUAGAGUGAUUUUGCCUUCAAAACAUGGAUAAGGAUACGGACACAGAUGAUGUAAGACCACCAAAAAGGUUCAAGGAUAGGGAUACGGACACAGAUGAUGGAAUACCACGGAAAAGGUUCAAAUCGAAAGCCGUAGAAGUUCUGGAUGAUGAUGAAACCAUGAAAAAAGUGGCAAGAAAAUUUGGGAAGGAAACUUUGAGGGAUAUGGCCGAACAACUUAAUGCUCAAACUGUCACCAAAUAUUCAGUUGACUCACAGGAUGACCCUUUUGAUCAGGCUAUGGAGAUGUUAGAAGCAUGGAAGCAGACAUACAUCGGACUGGACCCUGUAAGGUUCUUAUGGAGAACUGGCUUAGCGGUUGGUAUUGACCUUUCACCAGAACUAGAACCAUUGCAGCAAAAUCCUCCCUGCCCGUGUGGUAAUGUUAAAUCUCUGAAGUUCAGGCGUUACUUCGAUUACCGUCAAAAUGAGCAGUUUCCACUUAUUGGCAUCUGUUGCGUCCCUUGCGGCCAGGAAUGGCUCGAAGAUAAAUACCUGUUCCAUCCAGAUCUAAAUAAUAAACGUUCAAGUGUUGAGGUAGAUGGAAUAACCCUCAAGAAACAGCUUAAAGUACCUGUAGAAGAGAGCCCGAUAUUUCCGGAAAAUGGUUUUCGGCAGGAAAUCGGACUGUUAGAUGUCUUGCAGGUAGGGGACCACAUCGCAUGGGAACGUCCAUACUUGAUAUGGCAUCAUGCCAUAGUAUCGGGAAUUAAUAAAGACACUCCUGGAGUUAUCAGUGUGAUUCACUGGAAUAAGGUAAAAUGUGGAUGCUGUACAAAACAAAUAAUGGAAGAAAAGAUACAUUUGGACGAUCAAAAAGGUAAGCUACAUCGCCACGAGUAUGGGGAGAAAAUGACCAAUGCUAACCCAACAGAGCUCGUCAUGGCUCGUGCCAAGUGCAGAGUAGGUGAUGACGGAUACAGUGUUGCAAACGAUAACUGCGAAUCAUUUGCUUCUCAAUGUAAAAUAGGUGUGGCAGAGAGCUCACAGAAAAAAUGGUUUUAUGACAGGGUAAAAGAAGUGGCAGAAAAAUCAAUAAAGGCAAUUACAGGGCAUGUAUUGUUACACAUUGGGGAUAUUUCUGGCGAUGUGAGAAACUUGGCUGCUUGGGAAUUAGUAGAGCAGGUUGUGAAUGCAAAGAGGCAAGUUGGUAUCACGCUGGAAGAGACUUUGGCUAGACUCUCACUGAACAAAACGGAAGCUUAUAUCAUUAUAGCAAUGGCAGGUUUCGCGUGCGUUUUGGACCUGAGUGAGUCUUAUAAACAGAGGAAACAAGAUAAGUUGUCCCUGAAAGACUUCGCCCAAAUCGUCACACUUAAAGUGUCUGCAGCGUUGGUCGGUGCCGGACUAGCUGUAUACUUGGGUCGCGGGGGUGUGGCAGGGCCUGCUGAUGGUUGGACGUUCCAAUUCCCGGGCUUAGCAAUGAGCAUAGGAGGGUUUAUUGGAUGGUUUGUUGGUGAUUCAGUUAGUAAAACUGCAGUCAAAUCAGCUGGUUCCUUCAUUGGACCUCCAAUUGGUCGUGCGAUUGCCAGGGCAAUUGGUACAGACGACACAGACGUGCGCAUCGUGGACCUGAACCCGGGGGACCAAAUUGUUAUAUUCACAAAUCUCUUCCAUCCGAGACACCAUGCUAUAGUUGUCUCAUGCGAUCAAGAAACCAAGAAAGUCAUGGUUAUCCACAGUACAUACGAGAAAGGUAUAGUUGAGGAAGAGGUUGAUUUCCGUGAUCCCGUGUAUAGAGUAAUAUACAAUGACCAAGAUUGUUUCCCACCCGACAGAGUUCUUGAAAGGGCUAGGUCCAAGAGUGCGCACCGUGUUUACGAGUACUCCUUGGUACUAAAUAACUGCAAGCACUUCGCCCAAUGGUGCAAACUAAAGAAGUGGGACACUAUAUAGUUUACUACUAUGUGAUAUAACCAAUAAUAUAGACCGGAUAUCAUCCAAAUGCAAAUUAUAUCUCUAAAGAACAUCCGAACUGCCGAGGACUUUACUUUCAUAUGGCCCUACUCUAUUCUUACGGAGAAAGUUCAUUUCUUUCUAUGUCUUUUUCAUUUUAGGGUAGGGUGAUUCCAUUUUAAGAAUACGGAAAUACGUGACAAAAGGACUCGAUCAAUUUUGUGAACUUUUAGUACGUCGCGAGUGAGCCGUACCUUGACCUAUACUCAGCGCUUGAACCAUGUGCGACUCUGCCAUCAUGAAUAAUAAUGAUUCGUUCAAUUAUUGUACUUUCUUUUGUAUUUGUAUAAAUUUAGCUUGUGAAGCGCCUUGAGCGUCAUGCAUGACGGACCUGGGCGCUUAUAAGAGGCCACAUUAAUAAUAUUAUUAAAGCAUUUUUUCGUGUAAUUCAUCUUUUGCUAUAGAAAAUGAUUAAGAGCGACUAUACAAGUCGUCGUAGCAUUGUCGUUACCUAAUUCUUUAUUAGGCGCUUAAAGGCAGUGGACACUAUUGGUAAUUUCUCAAAAUAAUUAUUAGCAUAAAACCUUACUUGGUAAUG